AUGAGCCCUGAAUGCAGCAGCUACUACAGCGCUGAUGGUGCGUUCGUGGACGGCUUCUUGUGCCCCAGACCGGGCAACGCCGCCGUGGCUGUCUUCUGCUGCGGAUUUAAUGAUGUCAAAUAUUGCUGUGACGACCCCAACAGUUUUUUCCCCUAUGAGUACGGAUACAUGUGGUGGCUGAGUAUUGGUGCUCUGGUUGGACUAUCCAUUGCAGCAGUGGUCCUCCUUGCCUUCCUCAUCACCGUAUGUGUCCUCUGCUACCUCUUCAUUGCCACCAAACCCAGUCGUCUUGAUAACGGCCUACCCCUCAGAGCGCCAGCGGGAGAUCCCAGUGAGGGUUCCGGUACUGUGAGAGCGACCUGUGUCUCCGGUCCGCAAGGAUUCAGAAAACACUUCAUGAGCAGGAAACUGGACUGUGAUAACCAGCCGCCAGACCCCGAGCUCCUGUUCCAGAGGUGUUUCACAGUUACCGCCAUUGGCAUGAAAGUUGAAAACCCUUCAUAG